AGAAGCAGCCGACGGUUGUCCUGGGUGUCGCGCACACCGUUGUGCAGAGGAUGUCCUCCUUUGUGCGACAGAUUGACUUUGCUCUGGACUGGGUGGAGGUGGAGGCCGGACGUGCAAUAUACAGGCAGGGGGACAAGUCCGACUGCACAUACAUCGUCCUCAGCGGCCGGCUGCGCUCUGUGGUCCGGAAGGGCAACGGGAAGAAGCGCCUGGCGGGGGAGUGUGGCCGUGGUGACCUCGUUGGCAUGGUGGAAACGCUGACCCACCAGGCCAGGGCAACCACAGUGCACGCUAUUCGGGACUCAGAACUGGCCAAGCUGCCGGCCAGAGCCCUGACGGCCAUCAAGCGCAGGUAUCCGCAGGUGGUGACUCGCUUGAUCCAUCUCUUGGGUGAGAAGAUCCUGGGCAGCCUCCAACAGGGACCUGUGAGAGGGGUCGCUGUGGGAUUACAGCAUCCAUACUCAUCCUCGUCUACUGACAUCAACGUUUUAUCACCUUAAGUGGAACGUGGAAACCUCAUCACCGUUCGGGUCGCUUUAUUCUCCCCGUUUAUGACACGAUUGUCCUAACUAUUCCCUCUGUGUACACUGAAGGCCCCUUGGACGGUGUCGUAACUUUUGCUUUCAGCCGUCAGACAUAAUUUUUAACUCAAGAGGACAGUCUGCGGCAUCUUCCCAGACAGUUCCCAUUUCUGCUGCCCGUCCUUCACUCCUGGCAUCUCAAGCGUCCUCCUGUGUCAUCUCCGAAGGUUGUCCUGUAGCAGUUCUUUGAGAGAAGGUCUGAUGGCCACAGAUUCUCUCAGUUCUCCAUCUGAGAAUGUCUCUGCUUCACCUUCAUCCUGAAGCACGUCUUUGCUGGGUGUGUAAUUCUGAUUGGACAGCUCUCAUAUGUCAGCACUCGAAAAAUGUGCCCCUUCCUUUUGGGCCGCAUGGCUUCUGAUGAAAGUCCAGAUAUUCAAGUUAUUCUCAAAUAGGUAAUGUGUUGUUUCUC